AUGUAUAGGAUAAAUACACAUCGAGCUGGUGUUAAAAAACAUUAUUUAACAAUUGAAAAUGUGAAUGAUGGUAAAUCAGAAACAUUUUGUUAUUAUGAAAAGGAAACACAAACUGUAAAUCGAACAAGUUUAAUAUUUAUUCACGGAUUUUCAUCUGAUAAAAAUACUUGGUUAAAUACAAUCAAAAAUAUUCCUCAUAAUUUUCAUUGUAUUGCAAUUGAUAUGCCUGGUCAUGGAGAAACAGUUGGAUUUUCUUUAGAAGAUUUGAAAGCUGAUCGUGUUAUUGAUAAACUUAAAUUGUUCUUUGAUGUGUUGGGUUUGACUCGACCAAUGUGUUUAAUUGGAACUUCAAUGGGUGGUUCAAUUGUUGCAAUGUUUGCUGCAAAAUAUCCUUCAUAUGUGAAAAUGAUUUGUUUACUUGCACCUGUUCCUCCCGGAGGAUAUUGUGAAACUGAUGCAAUACGACAAAUACGUUCAGGAAUGUAUGAUAUCAUUUUACCCAGAACACAUGAACAAUUCUAUACGACAGCUGAUACAUUUGCAAUGAAAAAAAUUCAUUGUCGUCAUUUAUUAGCCAGUCAAUAUCUAAAAACAAAAUUAUCAACGAUUGAUCAACAUAAGAAAAUUCUUCAAUCAGCUUUUGAAAAUGAUUAUCCAAAUUUG